CGUUUUUGUGUUUUGUGGAAUGAAUAUAAACAGUUAAAAUAUGAAUUAAUUUUGAAACAUAAUCGGUUUUAAUUCCUAAAACAAUAUGAUAAUGCAUAUGUAUUAGUAGUUAUUUAACUUACAAGAAAAUCUAUUGGUAAAGUCGCAAAAUGUCUACAAGACGUGCUAGAAUAAAAGCUGUAACAUCCUUGCCACCAAGAAGAAAAAAUGCUGUAUGUGCAGAUGUUAAAAAUAAAGAGGCACAAGUUAAAGAAAACAUAGAAAAAAGUCUUAAAAGUCCAAGAACACCACGACCAUUAGCAGAAAAAAAUGAAGUGGAUGAUAAAGACGCACCUCCAAACACUUCAGUUGAAGUUACUAACGCAGCAGAGUCUCGAAAUAUAAUUAUAACUCCGAAUAAAAAUGACAAAGCAAUUGCACGAACAUCAUUGCCCUCUCCAAUCAACCCAACCGAGAAAAUUAAGGCUUCGCCAAAAACCACAGAAAAAGUACCUAGUAAUGCUACUUCUGUUAUUAAAGCAAAUAAAAGUAUAUUUGCGUCACCACAAUCACGUCGGGAUAGUCCAUUCAGGAAAGCUAUCGCUUCUCUUUUAACUUCCCCAAAAAAUACCACAAAAAGUGUAGAUGUGAACCAAACAAAAAGCGCAUCACCACAUAUAAAUAAACAAACACCCAAACAACAAAUAAUAAAUGAUAACAAUGAACUGCAUAUAACAAACAAAAAUAUACAUAAAAUUACACAUAACAUAAUUAGCCCUGUUGGCAGCAACACAACUGAAGAUUUUAAUGUGCCUAGUGUUCCAGAAAGUGCCACAGAUGAGGCAGUUAUGGAUGGCAUUGUACCAUUGCAGCAAGCUGGCAGCGUACCCAAGCCUAUUGAUGUCUUAAAAAGUGAAAUUAUAUCAGAAAAUGUUGAAGUUCUCUUUGACCCAAUUGUACCAUUACCUUCCCCGAGUAAAGUGAGACCUAAGCUGCGCCCAGCACCAAGACUGGGGCCUCAUAGAAGGAACAGUAUACAGGGCAGCGCCAGUGAGUCUGAAGAUGAGACUCGACGUGCGCAACUAUCUAGUGGCACAGCCACUCCAUCUUUGGGCAGACAACGUCAUGAUUCACACACUUCUGGUACAUUGAUAAAUAGAGAGGUAAAUCGAGUGAGGAAUGAUUCUGUUUGCUCAAGUGCGAGUCAAUUAACCGCAGCAAGCGCUGUUGCUUCGCCGCUCAAGGACAAACAGACCAAAUUACGUCGUCAAGAGGCGGCCACUCGACGCGCCGCAGCGAUGCGACGCAAGCGCGAGAAGGCAGCCGCUAAGCGAGAGUCACUUACGAUGUACGAUCUCAUAUUCUACAACCCCACCUCUAAUCCUAUUGUUCCAGACCAAGAUGAAAUCAAAGCAAAAGAGGAGAAUGCUAAAGACGCGAAAGAGUCUGCAGCGAAAGCUGAGGAGUCGAAGAGUAAAGAACCGAAUAAUACGAACGAAGAGGAGGCUGCGCCUGCGCCCGCGCCGCAGAUCAAACUCGGACCGAACGGAGAGAUAGUACUUGAUGAGCAGAGUUUGGUGAUAAAGCCGAGCGAGUCGGGGCGCAGUAUCUCGCGUGUGGUGCGCGAGGGCGCGUGGGGCGGCGGGGCGGGGACGUACCGGCGCGCCGCUCGCACCGCGGACUGGAGCGCGCCGGAGACCGUGCGCUUCUACCGCGCGCUCGCCGCCAUCGGCACUGACUUCACUCUCAUGGCGCAUCUCUUCCCCGACCGCAGCCGCAAGGACCUCAAGAUCAAGUUUAAGAAAGAGGAGCGUCAGAACGGCGCGCUGGUGGACAAGGCGCUGCGGUCUGCGGGCGCGUGGGACGCGGAGGCGCUGCGCGGGGAGUUCGAGAGCGAACGCGCGGAAGCAAAGCGUCGCGCCGCCGCCGAGCGCGCCCGCCUCGCGCGCACGCUGCACGCCGAGCGCGAGCGGCUGCGGCAGGCCCGCGACCUGCGCGUGCGCAACAGUAAAGGUAGUAAAGCUCUGGAAUCCACGAUGUUACCCGGAAUUACGCAACUCAAAGAAAACGAACUCACCACGGCGGAUGAAAUCAUCGCACGCGCCAAACAAAGUAAGACGAUGGACUUAGGAGACGUGUUCGUAGAAACUCCAGCACGACCAACGCCCUUACCAGUUGUCAACAACAAGACCACGCCAAAAGUGGCCAUUCCGAGGCAGUCGAGUGCCAACGUCACGCCCAAUGCUAAUGCUCAACCCGUCCCGGCGACUUUGAAUAAGAGCAGCGCCACACCAGCGGUACCGACCAACAUCGAGACUGGAUCGUUGGUCGUGUUGACUGUAAACGACCCCUCGUCCCCGUCUAAGAAGAUGCUCCAAACUUACAUCGCUCACGGGGGCGGCAGACUGACCCCUGUCUCCCUGCCGACUACCUUACUCAAUUCAGUCGUGGGGUAUAUGAAAAAGGGAACACCUAAAAGUACUACGACAGCCGGUUCCCCACAUUUCGCAUCGCCGUCCAGCGUCACCAGUCAAGACAGUCGAGGCAGCGCUACUCCCGGAGUCAUCCAGGUAAAUCCUUCACCCACCAAGAGGCAGAGACUUAGCUCUUUUACUAUUACACAAAUCUAGCAUCCAGCUUCUGUAGUAUUAGCUACGAUAUAUAUUUUAAGAUAGCAUCAGCAUCGUCAAUAUAUUAGGGAAAAUUGACAAACGUAAUCGACAUUGAAGUCGAUAUACGAUAGAGAGUUAAAAGAAAGCUGUAGCGAAGAUCAAGUCUGGUCAAAGCACCGCUCUCUUAGACACACCAUCUUGUCUUACCACAGUUAAUUACAAUACACUAUUGUGACAAACCUCACAACUGCAGUGACAACUCACCUUCACUGUAGUUGGAGUAAAAUAUCAUGACAUAGUCAGUAGUCACCAUUGAUGUGAUUACAAGUUGCAAUUAGUUGUUGCCGUGGUACAACUAUUAUAACUACUGUAGUUACAACACACUACAAUGACAUACA